UGCUGACUUCGGCAUUUCAGUUCUGUAGUUUAUUUAGUUAGUUCAGUUCCACGGUAUCGCUGCGUCGUCUCUUGAUCACGAUGAAUUCUCUGCCCAACUCUACGUCAUCUAAACGGCGGAGACAGAGAGAGCUGUUUAGGCUAGCCGUCCUUGAGGCCCGUAAGAACCACGUUGUAGAAGACGUCACUUCCAUGGACACGCCUGCCCCACGCACUCCUUGCGUUACUGAUGACUUUUCCUCAUGUUUGGAUUGCCCCACUGGAAUGCUAACUGAUGAGGAACCAGACGAUUUUGACUGUCAGCAGCAGCCGUGUGAGUCCUUAGAAAAGCCUUCUCCAACUGAUGAUUCCACUCAAUACAUGUCGUGUGCUGAUAGUUCAACCAGUAUGUCUUCUCGUGAUGGCAUUGAUUCUUCUAACUCAGGGCAUUCUUCCCCAUCCUUGUCAAAGUCUUUCGAUAUGGAUAUGUCUAGCUGCGAAGAAGAUUCAGAUUAUGAGGCCCAUUAUCUGGAAGAAGAGGAUGAUUUGCAGCCUCAAGAGCAGCCCGAUGUGCUGCCUGAAGAUCCAGAUGGCCCUCCGGGUCCCGAAGAUCCUGAGGAUGACCCUGAUGAUCCAGACCAGCAUUUAACCGACGAUGAAGACAGCUCAGACGAUGACACCUUCUCAUUUGACCGAGCAGCUCUGGAUGCACCAGUAAGAGUGGGCCGCGUAAGGACGAAGAGGGAGGUAUUGCUUAUGAAGCUUGCCAAUGCACUAAAAGACCGAAGAACUUAUGACAGUUUAAUUAGAGACUUCAAAGGCUUUAACAUGAGUAUUGGAAGACCUAAUUAUCUGCCUGAAUGUAAGAAAACCCUUUGGAGUUUAUUAGGAAGAAAGGAUGCUGGUGUCACAAAGUGGGGAUAUGGCCCUGAUUGCCUUCACUUUCUGGGUCGGUACCGGAGGCUACAUGGACCUAUCAUACAAUGUCCAACUUGUGAGGAACAAAUCCCUUUUGCAAAUGUGAAGUGGUUCAUCAGCCUGAGUUUAAAGAAACAAUUUGAGAAUUUUCUUGCACUUCCUGGUGUGGCUCAUCUUCUGCGGUACAGGGAAUGGAGAGUGAAGGGAAGAGAAGAUGCAGUAGAAGAUAUUUUGGAUGGUGAACUUUAUCAAGAACUUCAAAGAAAUGGAGUGAUUGGUCAGAUGGAUUUUACAUAUUCUUUUAAUUCAGAUGGCUUCAGGAAAUUUAAGCAUCAGUCUCUCCAUGCCUGGGGUCUCCUUGUUCGACUGAAUGAACUCCCUCCCAAUUUAAGACAGCGUAACCUGUUUCUUGCUGGUAUCUGGAUUGAUAAAGCAGAACCCAAUAUGAAUACGUUCUUGAGACCAUUUGUUCAUCAAGCCAACAGUCUUUCCCAAAAUGGAGUAAUGUGGAGGCCAAAUGAUGUAGAAGUAAACAGCAAGAUCAUACCACUAGCAUGCUGCGUGGAUGCUAAAGCUAGGGCAAUUAUAAUGAACCAACACCAGUACAACGGUGAGUGGGGGUGCUACUGUUGCAACCAUCAUGGUAUCUUCUUAGAUGGAUCCAUGAAGUAUCCCUUGCUUCCCUUUCAAGAUCUGCCCGAGGCUGAAGAUAGGACCCACAACAGCAUCCACGCAGCAAUGCUAAGAGGAUAUUUCUUUGAAGGACAGAAAGGAGCUUCAGAAAUAAUUCAUCUCAACCAUUUUAACAUGGCAUCCGGAAACGGAAUGGAUGAUUUACAUCCUUUUUAUGAAGGGGUAGCAAAGUUUUAUUUUGAUCUCCUUGUAAGUGAUGUUUUGAGGCGUAAUGCUGCACCUGCUUUGAGAACUAUGAACCUGAGAAUGAAUGGAGUUCGGACACCUACCCAAAUGUCUAGGAAAUGGGAUACCAUCUACAAUACUGACAAGUGGAAAGGUUCUCAGUGGGGUUACUUCAUCCGAUAUUUUGCUGUAGUUCUGUCAGUUAACAACAGGCUGCCUCAAGAACAUUUUGAUCAUUUGUCAAUGCUCUCAUACAGUCUCUUCAUACUCUCUCAAGAUUCCAUCCUCGAAGAGGAAUUCAUCAGAGCGGAGAACUAUCUGGAAAGGUUUUUGGUGUACUUCCAAAAUAGCUUUGGUGCUGGGAACAUGAGGUUCAAUGUUCACAUGCUCAAACAUGUAGUGAGGUCCCGUAGGCUCUUAGGCCCUGCCUGGACAAUAAGCACAUUCAAUUUUGAAAGCUGGAACAUGGUCAUUGGAGCUCUUGUCACUGCUGCAAAUGGUGCCUCUGAACAAAUUGUGAUCCGACACAUGAUGAAAUCAUACGUUCAUGCUGGUGUUUGCAGAAAUGAUGUAGCCGAUGAAGUUAAGAAUUAUGUUAACUCAGUGCUGUUUGGAUGCCCACGUAAGAUCGCAGAAGAAAUCAACAGGGAUACUGUAGUACUGGGUCACCCAUCUCAAGUUCUAUUAGCAGAAGAUGAAGUUGCUCUAUUAACAGCCAAAGGAUUUAGAAAUGUCAACCGCGUCACUGUAUUUGACAGGGUGCUGGUGCGUGGCAUUGAGUACAGAUGCAGCACAUAUCACCCAGACACCAAGUCAGACAAUAGUCUGGUUAAAACGUGGGAUGGUGCUUUCCUAACAAUCAAUAAAAUUGCUGUGUUUGAUGGUGAGGAUGGGAGAGUUUGUGGGCUGUUUGUCACUUGUCAUGGAACUGACUAUCCUAUUGGAUUUGCCCACCAUGUUGCACACUUCACAGGUGUUGACAGACCAGACUUUGUCUUGGCAAACGUUUUAAGAGUUCCUGCAAUGAAGUUUGAAGUGCGUGAAAGUUGGUAUGUGGUCCCUAUGGCAAGUUGUAGGGAGAUAGAUUAGAGCUCUUCAAGACUGUGCUCUCCUGGCUGUGUUAAUUUUACAUUUUAUUUAGGUGAUUAUGUUUCUAGUCUUACAAACUUGUUGACCAAUGUACUGACUGUACAGGUAAUUUCAAUUGCUCUGUUAUUAAUUUUCAUUUUAAUUAGGUGUAGAUUAUGUUUCUAGUCUUACAAACUUGUUGACCAAUGUACUGAUUGUACAGGUAAUUUCAAUUGCUCUGUUAUUAAUUUUCAUUUUAUUUAGGUGUAGAUUAUGUUUCUAGUCUUACAAACUUGUUGACCAAUGUACUGAUUGUACAGGUAAUUUCAAUUGCUCUGUUAUUAAUUUUCAUUUUAUUUAGGUGUAGAUUAUGUUUCUAGUCUUACAAACUAGUAGACCGAUGUACUGAUUGUACAAGUAAUUUCAAUUGCAGUGUUUCUUAUCAAUAUCUUUUUACCAUCGUUUGUACGCA